CAAAUCCUGGUAACAGGCUGGGCCCAAUCAGGAAUGGCGCUGGCGUAACGCGAGGUGGAGAUAAAAGGAGUCGGUGGUUCUCUUCCUUUAAUUGCUAUUUUAUUUUUUCUUCUGUGUUUGAGCUGGGAGCCGAGGCUGCGUCGCAAUGUCUGGCCGUGGCAAGCAGGGGGGGAAAGCUAGAGCUAAAGCGAAAUCUCGCUCGUCUCGUGCUGGGCUCCAAUUUCCCGUAGGUCGAGUUCACCGUCUCCUUCGCAAAGGAAACUAUGCCGAGCGGGUUGGUGCUGGAGCCCCCGUUUACUUGGCUGCAGUGUUGGAAUAUCUGACAGCUGAAAUUCUGGAGCUGGCUGGCAAUGCGGCCCGGGAUAACAAGAAAACUAGAAUAAUCCCUCGCCACCUCCAGUUGGCCGUCCGUAACGACGAGGAACUCAAUAAGCUACUGGGAGGCGUUACUAUUGCCCAGGGAGGAGUCUUGCCCAAUAUCCAAGCUGUGCUACUACCCAAGAAGACGGAGAGCCACAAGGCCAAAGGCAAAUGA